UGAAAGCUAACGUUAGCUCGCUGCUAAGUUAGCAUUACCACUGUAUUUACAAGCGAGCCUUUAGCUUAGUUAGUUUUCUCACCGUUGCCAUGAAUUGACACCGACCUGUCGAAGCCCCUUCAGAUAAACGUCUCGUGGCUGGUUGGACAUAGAGGAGUCAGGCAUGUACGCCUCUGGUAAAUACAGUUCGCGGGGGCCGGCUCUUAUCCCACGGAUGAAGACCAAGCACCGCAUAUACUACAUCACCCUCUUCUCCGUGGUGCUGCUCGGACUCAUCGCCACUGGGAUGUUCCAGUUCUGGCCUCACUCUAUUGAGUCCACCGCUGACUGGACCCUGGAUAAACGCAGUGUUCAUGAUGCACCUCUGGUCCGCCUCCCUGUCUCCAGUCCCAUUCCUGAGAGGGGUGACCUCAGCUGUCGCAUGCACACCUGUUUUGACGUGUACAGAUGUGGCUACAAUCCCAAGAACCGUAUAAAGGUUUACCUCUACCCUCUGCAGAGGUUUGUGGACGAACUGGGGGUUCCCAUCAGCAGCACUGGACUGUCACGAGAAUACAAUGACCUUCUUAGUGCCAUCUCCGACAGUGACUUUUACACGGAUGACGUCACCAGGGCUUGUCUUUUUAUCCCAUCCAUUGAUGUGCUGAAUCAGAACUCCCUGCGUGUCAGAGAGACUGCCCAGGCACUGGCAAUGCUACCCAGGUGGGACAAAGGAAUGAAUCAUCUACUUUUCAACAUGCUACCUGGAGGUCCUCCAGACUACAAUACUGCUUUGGAUGUGCCCAGAGACAGAGCGCUGCUGGCUGGUGGUGGUUUCUCUACAUGGACCUACAGACAAGGUUAUGAUGUCAGCAUCCCAGUUUACAGCCCCCUCUCCGCUGAUGUUGAGCUGCCUGAGAGACAGCCUGGACCCCGGCGCUACUUUAUUCUGUCCUCUCAGACUGCCAUUCACCGAGAGUACCGUGCUGAACUAGAACGCUUGAAGGAAGAAAAUGGAGAGGCACUGCUCCUUCUGGACAAAUGCAGCAAUCUCUCCCAGGGAGCUGCCUCCGCACGUAAACGAUGCUACAAGGGGCAGGUGUAUGACUACCCACAGAUCCUGCAGGAAUCAUCAUUUUGUGUGGUUUUGAGAGGGGCUCGUUUGGGUCAGGCUGCCCUCAGCGAUGUGCUGCAGGCUGGCUGUGUCCCUGUCAUCCUUGCUGACUCCUACAUUCUGCCAUUCUCUGAAGUACUUGACUGGAAAAGGGCAUCUGUGGUUAUUCCAGAGGAGAAGCUCUCUGAAAUGUACACCAUCCUAAAGAGCAUUCCUCACCGACAAGUGGAAGAGAUGCAGAGACAGGCACGCUGGUUCUGGGAGGCCUACUUCAGCUCCAUGAAGGCGAUUGGCCUGACGACGCUGCAGAUCAUCAAUGACCGCAUCUACCCGUAUGCUGCACGUUCUUAUGAGCAGUGGAACAAUCCACCUGUCGUGAAGUGGUCGAGUGUGAACAGCCCUCUGUUCUUGCCACUUAUCCCACCAAGAGCACCUGGGUUCACAGCAGUGGUGCUUACCUACGACCGCGUUGAGAGUCUCUUCCGGGUCAUCACAGAAAUCUCCAAGGUGCCUAGCUUGGCUAAGCUGCUGGUUGUGUGGAAUAACCAAAACAAGAGUCCUCCUGAGGAGUCUCUCUGGCCAAAGAUCGGUGUUCCUCUUAAAGUUGUGCGAACAAAGGAGAACAAGCUGAGUAACCGUUUUUUCCCCUACGACGAGAUCGAGACAGAAGCUGUGCUGGCAAUUGAUGAUGACAUCAUCAUGCUGACAUCUGACGAACUGCAGUUUGGCUAUGAGGUAUGGAGGGAGUUCCCGGACAGGCUGGUGGGCUACCCAGGCCGGCUGCAUCUCUGGGACCAUGAGAUGGGGAAGUGGAAAUAUGAGUCGGAGUGGACCAAUGAGGUCUCCAUGGUUCUAACAGGAGCUGCCUUUUACCACAAGUACUUCAAUUAUUUGUACACAUACAAGAUGCCAGGAGACAUCAAGAACUGGGUGGAUGCCCACAUGAACUGUGAGGAUAUUGCCAUGAACUUCCUGGUGGCCAACAUCACAGGCAAAGCUCCCAUAAAGGUGACCCCCAGGAAAAAGUUCAAGUGUCCAGAGUGUACUGCCAUAGAUGGACUGUCACUGGAUCAGACACACAUGGUGGAGAGAUCUGAGUGCAUCAACAAGUUUGCGUCAGUUUUUGGCACAAUGCCUCUGAAGGUGGUGGAGCACCGCGCAGACCCAGUUCUCUAUAAAGACGACUUUCCAGAGAAGCUCAAGAGCUUCCCCAACAUCGGCAGCCUCUGACCAGCCUGCAACAGAUGUUUGGACCUCGUCACAGCCUCAACUCAUCAUUUGCCACCAUCACCAUCAUCUUUUCUACCAAGAUAUCAGUAUUCAGACUGAACUGGUAUGUGAGUAUGUCACCUCCCAGUUUAGUUAACACUCACAUUUCCAUUGAUUUGGUUUAAAAUAUCAAUUCUACACUAAUCUACACACUAAUGUUACAUGAACUGCUGUUGGAGUGUUAAUCAAAGUCUAAGAUUUGAUGGACAGACUGACUGAUUGGAGGCUUGUGGUCCCUCACUGUUGCUGUUUUGGAGCUUGAAACUUUGGGCUACAGCUCCUCUGGAAUCAGUGUAUACAGUGUAUAUAU